GUUCCUUUGGCUUCUCUAUUUUUUCUUUUCUUUUUAGUUUAUAACAAAAAUUAGCAUCUCAUCAUUUUUAUCCGCACUAUAAAAGUAUUCUCUGAUUCCAGGAUAAAGAGAACACCUGCCUGGCCUGGCUGCCUCUACAGUUUCAACCACCAAGACUGCAUCUUUUGCCUGAAUCCCACUAUCUCAAACCUUAGCUGCGAAAACAUACAAACUUGUAACAAUGGUGUAUACAUCAAUUGUUCAAUCUUCAAUUUCAAUUCUCUCUCUUUCGCCCAAAUUCUAUUCACACACUAAAACCCCAUAUCGAAUACCUCAAAUCCUCCCAUUUUCGCCAUUAAUCCCUGUUCUCAAGCUUCAAGUUGCACCCACCAGAAGAUUAUGUACUGUAUGCUGUUAUAAGAACAAUUCUAGCCAAGAAUCUGAUAAAAAAGAAGCUGGGCUAAAUUGGCGAAUAUUGAAACGAUGGGAUGUGCCGUGGAAUUGGCAAACAAUUUCUUUAACAUCACUUGCAUGCGGAUUGAGGAACGGAGUAUUGACAUCAACGAAAACUGAUCAUUACUCAGGCAGUUUUGUUUUGACAGGACUGAUUGAGGCGGCAGCAAUACCAUAUGCUGGACUUAAAAUUGAAGAAUUAAGUUUAGAUGAAAAGGCAGAAAUUCUGUUUGUGGAUCAAUCCAUUGCAACUGCAGUGGUGCUUGGUGUUCUAUACAGUCUCACAAAGUCAUUCUCUCCACUUCCUGAUGAUAUUUAUCGAUAUGAUUUGAAGGAACCUUUCAAUUUUCGGAAAGGGUGGUUGUUAUGGGCUGGGAUUGGUCUAGGUGGAGCUCUAGGUGCUAUCGCCCUGACAGGUGUUGUGAUGUCUUUUGUCAAUGGUGAGGCCCCACACCGAGAGACUGAUGCUCUUGUCCGCCUUCUUCCAUUGAUUGGAUCUUCAGGUAUCAGCACUGCCUGCUUGGUAGGCAUCACGGGUGUCCUAGCACCUAUUCUUGAGGAGACUGUGUUCAGAGGUUUUUUUAUGGUGUCUCUAACGAAGUGGUUGCCAACGCCAAUUGCUGUGCUUAUCAGUGCUGCUGUUUUUGCAGUUGCACAUUUCACUCCUGAAGAAUUUCCUCAGCUGUUUGUUCUUGGCACUGCUUUGGGAUUAUCAUAUGCUCAUACCCGCAACCUUCUCACCCCAAUCACAAUUCAUGCCUUUUGGAACUCGGGAGUUAUCCUGCUUCUCACCUUCCUUCAGCUCCGAGGAUAUGAUAUCAAGGAAUUGCUACAAGCAUCUUGAUAGAGUUGGGUCUCUCUCUGUCUCUUAGAAGGUAGCAUGCAUGGCUGCUUGUCAAUCUUCGUUGAGAUUUAUCUGCCCGUUUAUAACAUUUACUAGAUGAAUUUCACGUACUGUAAAUUUAUGGCCAUGAUUUUACUCUUCAAAUUUUUGAGAGAAUGAAAAAUGUUCGAUUUUUAUUUGAUACAACAGCAUCUUUCUUUAAA